UCUCUAGCUUGCCAUGGAGGAGGAGCAGCAGUCCGCCGGCAUGGCCGAUCUCGCCGCCCGCCUCACCAAGCGACUCGCGGACGCCAACAGGGACCGCAACCUGGUCUUCUCGCCGCUCUCCAUCUACGCCGUCCUGGCGCUCCUGGCCGUCGGCGCCAGUGGGGAGACCCUGGAAGAGAUCCUCCGCGUCCUAGGCCACCCGUCCCGCCGCGAGCUAGAGGACUACGUGGAGCGUCUCUUGGACGGAUCGUUGGAUCCUGACGGCGGUGGGCCGACCGUGGCGUUCGCGUGCGGCGUGUGGAGCGACCUGAGGCGGCCGCUGAAGCCCGCCUUCCGCGACGCUGUCGUCGGAAGGUACAAGGCCGAGGCCAGCUCCGUGGACUUCCGCAACGACCCAGAGCUAGCGAGGGCGCAGAUCAACGCGUGGGCCGCUGCUUCCACGAGGAACCUCAUCGACUCCGCCGUCCCUCGGGGAACCGUACACCGGAACACCCACCUCGUGCUGGCCAACGCCAUCUACUUCAGGGGCAAGUGGGAGGUGCCUUUCUACAAGAGCUCGACCAAGGACAGGCCCUUCCACCGGCACGACGGCACCGCCGUCGACGUCCCCUUCAUGACCAACCACAGAAAAUACUAUCACUACAUGGCCGUGCACGACGGGUUCAAGGUGCUCAAGCUACCCUACGAGAGCAGCACAGCGUACACCCAGCGGCACUGCAUGUGCAUCUUCCUCCCGGACGCGCGCGACGGCCUAGCGAGCCUGCUGGACAAGAUCACGUCGUCGUCCCCGGCAGGGUUCCUGCGCGAGCACCUGCCGACGCGCAGGGUCAAGGUCGACCAGGUGCUGGUGCCCAGGUUCGAGCUCUCCUUCAGGAGCAGCGUCACCGCCCUGCUCAAGGACCUUGGGCUCCGGCUGCCUUUCAGCCAUCGGGCCGACCUCUCCGAGAUGCUUAACGACGGCUACGAGUUCCGCGUGCAAGACGUCUUCCAGAAGGCUGUCAUCGAGGUCAACGAGGACGGAACCGAAGCCGCCGCUUUGACCUUCUAUGACGUCACCGCGAAAUCCUCUCAAUACCCGCCGGAGGAAGUGCUUUUCGUCGCCGACCACCCGUUCGCCUACUUCAUAGUCGAGGAGGAAUCGCAUGCGAUCCUCUUCGCCGGACAUGUCGUCGACCCUAGCGAUGCUACCGGGGUGGUGAUUCCAUCAGGGGAGCGCAGCACAACAAAAGGUAAAAUUGACAAGGUCGAUACCGAAUCCGGCCGCAAGAGGCGGAGGGAUGAACAGCCGCAAUCUUCCCACGGACACAGCUCCAGUAGGCAGCAUCGACGGGACGAGAGUAGACGAGCGGCCAGCAGCGAGUACAGAAGAGAAGAGAGUAGAUAUUAUCGAAGUGAGCGACGGGAGAGGACGAACAACCCGCGGAGAGAAUAUAAUACUAAGAUACAGUUUUGCUAAAGCACAUCUAGAUGUGCUAUAAGUAUUGCACAUCUAAGUCCUAUGUCAUUGAUCUUAUGUUGA